AUGCCCGGCGACGAAGGAAUCACAGCCGCAGCCGCAGCGGCAUCAACAUCAGCAACGACAGCCACCACACCGCCGCCCGACGCCAAGAUCAGCGCCGAAGAUGGCCGUUCCUACUGGCAGGGCGUUGAUGCUGACGUGAACGGCAUGCUGGGAGGUUUCCCCUACAUCAGCAAGGUCGACCUGCAGGGCUCGCGUAACUUCCUGGCCAAGCUGGGCAUCGGCACGAAGAGCGGUCUGCGGACGGUGAGCCGCGCUCUGGAAGGCGGGGCCGGCAUCGGUCGCAUCACAGAGGGACUCAUGCUGGAUGUCGCUGAACAAGUCGACAUCGUCGAGCCCAUCGCCAAGUUCACCGCCGCUCUUCAGGAGAAGUUGGGCGUAGGGUCUGUCUUCAACAUCGGUCUGGAGGAGUGGAAGCCCCUUGAGGGUACCUCAUACGACCUUGUUUGGAAUCAAUGGUGCCUCGGCCACCUGACCGACGAGCAGCUCGUUGCCUACCUGCGCCGUUGCAAGGAGGUCAUCGCCCCUACGGACGGUGUGAUCAUCGUCAAGGAGAACCUCAGCACCAGCGGGGCGGACCUGUUCGACGAUGUCGAUAGCAGCGUCACGAGGGCGGAUGACAAGUUCCGAACCCUCUUCGAACAGGCGGGUCUCCGUCUAGUCAAGACGGAGCUGCAGCGUGGCUUUCCCAAUGAACUGUUCCCGGUACGCAUGUACGCACUGAAAUAG